ACCACAUAAAUAACCCUCUUCACUCGCCUCUCUCUUUGCAACUCAUUCCUCAACAGACUUCUCUUCUACCUAUUUCACACUCUAAACUACAACCAAAACUAUAAGAAAAACCUCUUCAGUUUCUUCUUAUCUUUUACUACAAGUCACAGGUCUUCAUAGGAUUUGGUAUGUGCGGUGGUUCUGACAGUAGACUUUGCGCCUCAAAUUUUCUCAUGGAGGGUGAAUUGCACAAGCAAAAAGAUGUUGACUUGUACACCAAGUCCUCAUAUUUGCUCGAAUUAUCAGCUUCUGAUGAUCUAUCUGCCUUCAAGAAUGAAAUAGAAGUGAGGGGUUUUGAUGUUGAUGAGGCAAGCUUCUGGUAUGCUAGAAAAUUUGGGUCGAAAAAGAUGGGGUUUGAAGAGAGGACCCCACUUAUGAUUGCUGCCAUGUUCGGUAGUCUGGAGGUUUUGAAGUAUAUUAUUGGAACUGGCAAGGUUGAUGUGAAUAGGGCCUGCGGUUCUGAUGGAAGCACUGCACUUCACUGUGCUGUUGCCGGUGGUGCCAACUCUGUGGUUGAGGUUGUCAAGCUCUUGCUUGAUGCAUCUGCUGAUGCUAAUUGUGUUGAUGCUAAUGGUAAUAAACCAAUUGCUUUUGUUGCUCUAGCUAUGAAAUCAUUGCGCAAUUCAAGAAGAAGGGCAGUAGAGCUAUUGUUGAAUGGUGAUCAAACUGUUUUUGAAGAGGAAGAAUUGGAGAAUAUCAAAAUGCCUCAGUUGUCAAAGGAAGGAAUUGAGAAGAAAGAGUAUCCUAUAGAUACAUCUUUGCCCGAUAUAAACAAUGGUAUUUAUGGAACUGAUGAGUUUAGAAUGUAUGCUUUUAAGGUGAAGCCUUGCUCAAGGGCUUAUACACAUGAUUGGACAGAGUGCCCGUUUGUUCAUCCAGGUGAGAAUGCAAGGAGAAGAGACCCUAAGAAGUACCCUUAUAGCUGUGUCCCUUGCCCAGAAUUCCGCAAGGGAUCUUGUCCAAAGGCAGACGGUUGUGAGUAUGCACAUGGUGUUUUUGAGUCCUGGCUACAUCCUGCCCAGUACCGUACCCGGCUUUGCAAGGAUGAGAUUGGUUGCAACCGCAAGGUUUGUUUCUUUGCCCACAAGCCUGAAGAGUUGCGCCCUGUAUAUGCAUCCACUGGUUCAGCUAUGCCUUCUCCGAGCUCUAUUUCAGUCAGUGCAGUCGACAUGGGAACUGUGAGUCCAUUGUCUCUGGGUUCAGCAUCUUUGCCGUUUCCUGCAACUUCAACUCCUCCAAUGUCUCCAUUGGCUGCUGGUUCAACUCCCAAGAGUGGAAACUUGUGGCAGAACAAAGUUAAUGUCACCCCACCUUCCUUGCAGUUGCCUGGUAGCCGGCUGAAGACUGCUUUUAGUGCAAGGGAUUUUGACUUGGAGAUGGAGUUGCUGGGGCUGGAGAACCAGAUCAGCAAUUUGCGGCAACAACAAUUAAGGGAGGAGAUAUCAAGUCUCUCCUCACCAUCUUGUUGGAGCAAGGAAUACACAAGGAUUGGAGAUUUGAAGCGUAACCUUGAUGAUUCUUUUCAACCUCUUGAUCCUUCUGUAUUGUCUCAGUUGCAGGGAGUUUCAACCCAGCUGCAGUCGCCAACUGGACUUCAAAUUCACCAAAAUGUGAGCCAACUACGUGCAAGCUAUCCAGCUACUACACUCUCAUCUUCACCAGUGAGGAAAUCCUCAAAAUUUGGUUAUGAUUCAUCUGCUGCAGUGGCAGCUGCAGUUAUGAACUCAAGGUCAUCUGCCUUCGCCAAGCGAAGCCAGAGCUUUGUUGACCGUGGAGCAGUGACCAGUCGAGCUAGCCUUACAGCACAUUCUAAUCCUGCAUCUAUGAAGUCAACUAAUCUAUCUGAUUGGGGCUCCCCAGAUGGGAAAUUGGAUUGGGGAAUUCAAGGAGAUGAGCUGAGCAAACUUAAGAAGUCAGCUUCAUUCGGGUUCCGAAGCAACAAUCUAACAACAACAAAAUCCACCACUGCAGCAACAGGCUUGAUGCCACCAUCAUCAAAUGUUGACGAGCCUGAUGUAUCCUGGGUUAAUUCCCUGGUGAGAGAUGUUCCUCCAGUAGGAAGUGGAAUGUUUGGCGCUGAGAAGCAGCAACAUAAUUCAUGGAUGGAGCAAUUGUACAUAGAACAGGAGCAAAUGGUGGCAUAAUGAACAUCAAUUUGCUCCUACUUUAUUCUAACUAAAUUGAUAUUCUUUCUUGUUCUUAUUUGUAUUCCACCAUUGUAGUCAAACUUUAGGAAGAACAAAAAUGAGGAAAAGCAAGAUGGAAACAGAGAAGAAAAGAUUUGUUAAUUUUUUUACUUAAUUAUUUUCACCCUCCUCGGGGAGAUUGAUUUGCUUGCUUAUCGGCAAAAGAAUGUGCCUUAUUCAACCGUCAUCUUACAUAAAUGUAAUGAUAUUCAUUUAGCUACUUUUCUCAA